CUGCGAAAGUGAGAUGACAGAGCGCAGACACCACCAUCUCCGUCAUUAGCACCCUACGAAACCUUUCAUCGCCCGAUACAUUUGACAAAAGACGGCCGCAUUGUUGCGAUCUCAACAUCUCAGCGACUCCUGGCCGAAAGCGCGAUAGACUUGAACGGACAGCACAUUUCUUCCAUUAGCAAGCAGGGGGCACCAGCCGCGCGUUUGUUUUUUUCCCCAUUGAAGGCUGCACUCGUCUGAUCGCGCCACAUCGCCCUUUCGAUAGCGACGGCUGCAGACAAGAAGAUAUUGAAGAUGGUCGACAUCUCGGAACAGGACCAGUGGAUUUCACACUUGAGCGAUUGCAAACAACUGGCUGAAAAUGACAUAAAACGGCUUUGCGACAAGGCACGAGAGAUCCUCUUGGAUGAGUCCAACGUGCAGCCGGUCCGAUGCCCAGUGACAGUGUGCGGAGACAUUCACGGACAAUUUCACGACCUUUCGGAGCUGUUUCGAAUCGGCGGCAAUUCGCCAGACACCAAUUAUCUCUUCAUGGGCGACUACGUUGAUAGAGGAUACUACUCUGUCGAGACGGUCACGCUCCUCGUCGCCCUAAAAGUCCGCUACCGCGAUCGUGUCACGAUCCUUCGUGGAAACCAUGAGAGCCGACAAAUCACGCAGGUGUACGGCUUCUACGAUGAAUGCCUGCGAAAGUACGGCAAUGCCAACGUGUGGAAGUACUUCACCGACCUCUUCGACUACCUCCCCCUAACGGCCCUCAUUGAUGAUCAGAUCUUCUGCCUUCACGGUGGCCUGUCGCCUUCCAUCGAUACCCUGGACCACAUUCGGUCUAUUGAUCGCAUCCAAGAAGUCCCUCACGAAGGUCCCAUGUGCGACCUGCUCUGGUCAGAUCCAGAUGAUCGCUGUGGGUGGGGCAUCAGUCCGCGAGGCGCUGGUUACACCUUUGGCCAAGACAUUUCCGAAGCCUUCAACCACAACAAUGGCCUGACACUCGUCGCUCGAGCGCAUCAGCUCGUCAUGGAUGGCUUCAAUUGGUCACAAGAGCGAAACGUCGUCACCAUUUUCAGUGCGCCGAAUUACUGCUAUCGGUGUGGUAACCAAGCGGCCAUCAUGGAGAUUGAUGAGAACCUCAAGUACACCUUCCUCCAAUUCGACCCAGCACCUAGAGCCGGCGAACCACUGGUCUCGAGAAGGGUUCCAGACUACUUCUUGUGAUCCAUGAAAGGGCAAAGAAAAGCAAAAGAAGCUCAUCUAGGCACCUGUUUGUGCAGGCAUCCUAUGGCGGUUCUCUUUUUUAGCUCUUUGAACCCCUCCUUCCCCCCCUCCUGUUCAUGACUCGUUCUUUCUCCUUUUGUCUUUUCUUCUCACUUCUGUCGUCCGCCAGAUUCUCCUAGAUCGUAACACAUGGGUUAGCUAUAAUCUUCGUGUGGUGGUUGCG